AUGGCGUCUCACCUUGUUAAUUAUAUGUGGUUUUAUAUGCUGAAUGAAAUUAUGGGAAUCCUUAAUAUUGUGAUGGGUGAACCACUCUAUGCCGACAUUUUCAGAUGCAAAAAAGACUCCGGCGACUUUCUACCCAAAAGCACCUACGAGACAAACCUCUUGGAUGCAGUCAAGAUAGCAAGUGAAGCUGCAAAAACCAGCACCUAUUUUUAUUCAAAAGGAGGCUGGUUGGUUGCCGCUGAAUCUUUUUGUGCGGCCUAUUUAAAACAUGUAGAUUGUGUGUCCUGCGUGAACAGCACGUUCCCACUUCUUCUGAAGAAUUGCCAAAACAAAAAACAUGCUCUGGCAUGGAGGAGCAAAUGCAUGGUAGAGUACGGUCUUAAUAUUAAUUUAAGUAAUCACGAUCACUGGUUUGUUGCCCACGAAACCAGUGCUAAUAAAACAAAGGAUAUUCAAGGGCUUGAAAACACCAUGAAAGCUUUGGUGGAUAAAUUAUUAAAAGAAGCUUUAAAAAAGAAGGAGAAUAUUGGGAGAUAUGCUUAUGGGACGAUGCCUUAUGGAUCACGUCAAACUUUGUUCAUGGUUAUGCAAUGUAGUUAUCCAUUAAUCGAAGAAGAUUGUAAGAAGUGUUUACUCCGUGUAUAUGGAGAGAUGAAACCUUGCUGUAGUGGAGCAAUAGCUGCAGCAACAUUAACCCCCGGUUGCUAUAUGAGGUACGCCCAUGAUGAUUUCCGAAGUCGGUAA